AGUGCUGUCAAUUGUUUCAUUGAGCGACUUCAAUGUCGUUCACUUUUCCCGUCUAGGCCUCUCUCCUCUCAUGUAACCUUUUAAAUUUUAGUAAACCUUUUGAACGGCGUUUCAAAAUUCUCUAGUAUUUGUAAUUUUUAAAAUUAUAAAAAAACAGUAAUUAAAAAAAUCGAAAAUGCGCGAAAUUUUAAACAUACAAGCUGGCCAAUGCGGAAACCAAAUCGGCUCCAGGUUCUGGGAGGUCAUCUCCGGCGAGCACGGGAUCCAGCCGGACGGCAGCUACGAGGGCACGAACGACCUGCAGCUCGACAAGAUCAGCGUCUUCUUCAACGAGACGUCGUUCAAGCGCUACAUCCCGCGGACAGUGAUCGUCGAUCUGGAGCCCGGUACCAUCGACGCGAUUCGUUCUAGCGCGUUCGGCGACCUCUUCCGACCCGACAACUUCAUCUUCGGCCAAAACGGCGCCAGCAACAACUGGGCCAAGGGCCACUACACCGAAGGCGCCGAGAUAGUCGACCAGGUCCUCGACGUCGUUCGCCGCGAAGCCGAGAACUGCGAUUGCAUUCAGGGCUUUCAGCUGACCCACUCGCUGGGAGGUGGUACCGGUUCGGGAAUGGGCACCUUGUUGCUGUCCAAAAUUAGGGACGAGUAUCCCGACAGGAUCAUCAACGCGUACUCGAUCGUGCCGUCGCCCAAGGUCCAGGACACCGUGGUCGGGCCGUACAACGUGCUGCUGUCGAUUCAGCAGCUGGUCAAUCUCACGGACUCGACGUUCUGCAUCGAUAACCAGGCCCUGUACGAGAUUUGCCUGAGGACCCUCGAGCUGCCCAGCCCAACCUAUACCGAUCUCAACCACUUGGUCUCGCUCACCAUGUCCGGCGUGACCACGUGUCUCAGAUUUCCCGGUCAACUGAACGCGGAUUUGCGAAAGCUCGCGGUGAACAUGGUCCCCUUCCCGCGGCUGCACUUCUUCCUGACGGGCUUCGCUCCGCUGAUAUCCCGAGCCAGCAAGAUCUACAACGGCCUCAGCGUGUCCGAGUUGACGCAGCAGAUGUUCGACGCGCGGAACGUAAUGGCUGCCUGCGAUCCACGAAACGGAAGGUACCUCACGGUGGCGGCGAUCUUCCGAGGUCAGAUGUCGAUGAAAGAGGUCGAGGACGAAAUGCUCAACAUUCAGAACAAGAACAGCCCGUAUUUCGUCGACUGGAUCCCGAACAACGUCAAGACGGCCGUGUGCGACAUACCGCCCAAGGGUCUCAGCAUCUCCGGAACGUUCCUGGGCAACAGCACCGUCAUCCACGAGGUCUUCAAGCGAGUCUCCGCGCAGUUCACUCUGAUGUUCAAGAGGAAAGCGUUUCUGCACUGGUUCACGGGUGAGGGGAUGGAGGAGAACGAGUUCACCGACGCACACGCCGAUCUGCUCGAUCUCAUCGCCGAGUAUCAACAGUACGAGACUAUGAAUGGACCGAGAGACGCACCUGACGAGGACGUCGAGGUCGUCGAGGAGGAGCUGCGAGAUUGAUGGGGAGCAUUUUUUGACUGCUUUUUGUGAACGUUAAAUUUUCAUAUACCGUGCUUCGAUGCAUGUUUUAUAUGUUGACUACUCGCAUAUAGGUGUUUUUGGUUUUUUAAUAAAUCGUAAUUUCAAAUCGA